CAACGUCUAUCUCGGACCCGAUCAACACCUCGUUUGAAAGUUCGCGAACUAUUAAUCAGUGUAAACCAACUUCACGCCGCCCACUCACUGAUCUCGAAUAUGGCUCAGCCUGCCUCGACUCUAGCUUAAUCUCGAUAGACUAUGACGGCUCUGGAGAUUUGCGAUAAAAGUCAAGCGCCAAUAGAACAGGCACCCCAUUGACCGCUUUAUUCUUAGCAAUUGCGCUGUAACGACGACCUACCAAUCAUCCCGCAGCGUUGCAAUAAUCAAGACUUUGAUCAGGAAAGCCACAUGCACGUAAGACCGGACAUCAUGCCCGGCCAAUAACACUCGAACACACGCAUCUUCACAUCGCCCUGAAGUAGUGUAAACACAAGUGAUAAUGGUUUUGAUCAAAAGAUACGCCUAUUUAGUACCUUUCAAUCAAGGCCAUGAUCAAAAGUUACCGUUAAGGAGUGUCCGUUGAUCAUGGCGAUGAUCAAAUAUGCCCUCCUCCCACUUAUGGCAUGACUAUGACUGGGUCAAUUGGGUAUUCGUAAUAUACAGUGAGGGAACGAGCCAAUGGAACGGCCUAAUUUACAUGUACUGCCAAUAAUCUAGUAUCAAGAAGAUUCAAAGACCGCUUUAAAUCCCAUCAAGUGCAGCUGUGGAUGAUGUUUUUCUGUGAUCAUCUACAUUCCAGCCGAACAUUCCAGCCGUAGGUACAGAGUAAUUAUACCGUAUGCCAAUUUGGUGCAAUGGCGUUUGUUUGGCAUUGUUGUCAUUGCAAAUGGGAAGGUUAUGGCGCUAUGUCCACAACGCUUUACCCGGCGUGUCUGUCUUGCCAGCAAGAAAGAUGCGGCUACUGUGACGUGCAUUCUGUCUCCGAUGAAAGGGCGGAAGGAAUGGGCACUUUAUAUUCAAGACCCGAGGCAGAUGGGGUGAUUACCGAACGUGAGGCUCUGCGUGGACUAGAAACAAGUCACCCGUUCACCGAAAGAGCCUCACAGUUACAAGCUAAGAACAUGGCCGUGGAUCAGAUUCCCUCUAGGUACUCAGCUGCUACCAACUCGGAACCAGUCCCCUUGGUUUACUAUAGUCACAACAAUACCGGAUCAAUUAGUGGGGUUGAAUCAGAAAUCAGCAGGCCGAGUCUGCUGUAUGCCGACAGAGAAUGCACCCCCCACAGCAGUUGCCCGGAUACCACUGAUCCAUCUGACUCCCCUUCAACUAUUGACAAGGAUGAGAAAUCGGCAGGCAUUCUCUUCGGGGAAAGCUGUUUGAAUCCCACGAGUUCUAUCGCUCCUCAGUAUUACUAUUUCCCCGAGUUAGGUGACGCAGAGGGUAAUGGAAUUGACCCAAUCGAUCCCGAGUUGGAAAUGGAAAUAGCUGGCGCAGAUGCUAUCGAGCCGCUACGACAUCAGUGGGAUAUUCCUGACUUCCCGAUACAUGUGGAUCCACUCAAUAUCGCAUAUUAUCCUGAUAGCUCUCAGCUUCGCACUCCAUGGACCAAUGAUAUUAUUCAACAUUUGAGUACACCUUGCCCAAUGCCAUCAAUGGCUGACCAGUGUAAGACAUCUUCGUCACCAGCACCCUUUUCUCCAGGUACCUCGUUGCACCAAAGCACCGAUCAGCAGCAUAUUACCAAAAAAGGCAAACCCACCCAAAUUUCCAAGUCUUGCAAGUUUUGCGAGUCUUGUUUAUCAAGAGAGAAACUGAAUGGCAAAUCCAAAUAUCUUGCUUGUCUAUUCUACAAACUCAACCCAGAGCAGCAUAUCAAGUGCAUUUCCAAGGAGUUCAGUACUAUUGGUCAUUUGCGACAACAUUUGGACAAGCACCACAAAUUAGAGAAAUACUACUGCAAUCGUUGCUGGGUAUCUUUCAAGGACGAGGGGUCAUUGAAAGCACACCCUGAGUGCCAACCAAUGGGUGGGGUCCCCGUUAACGACCUGGCGCCAAUCUCUAAGACUCGAGAUAUGAAGGCCGACAAAAAGUGGUAUUUGAUUUGGAAACAACUUUUUGGGGAAAGCACCCCCUCUCCAGAGUGCCCCUAUUCACACCCCAUACAAGAUUUCAAAAGCUACAAUUUUGAUAACCUCCACCGAAAUCUCGAAAUGAGGGGCUCCGUCUUCAGUCUUGCUGAAAUUAAGCAAGUAUCCUCAAAGCUGAGAACACAGUCAAUGGCGCGGAAUCAAUUGAUUUCUGAUGGAUAG